UUACAACUAUAUCAAACAAAGCGUUUGUUUAUAUUAUUCCAACAGUUGUAACAUACUGAAAACAACAACACAAUCGGAAAAUCAUACUUUGAGCAAAGAUAUAUGCCCUCCAUCAUGGCUGCCAUUGGCCUUGUUCUUCUCCAUAUAAUAUCGGCAAUGGCACAAUAUCCAACUUAUCAUCAUUUUAAACAUGCAAGUUCUGCGUAUCCGAAAAUAGGGCCAGUUGUAUCGAUUAACUCUGAGUAUGUCGUAUACCUCAGCACGUGGAACUCAGGUCAUUAUAGUGAUCCGUACACUCAGGAAGAUGGUCAUGAACGCCAGCGUCGUGACGGAAUGUUCGGAAACUUUGACCCAAAUAAGUUCAACUCACAAAUCGGUGCUAAUUUUAACCCGAACGCUUUCGGUGGCGGUGGUGGUGCGAGCAGUGGAAGUACAAGUGGUAGUUCAAACUUCAAUCCGAAUACCUUCGGAGGCGGGAGUGGUUCCAGUGGAAGUAAAUAUACCUAUAUUUUGCCAUUGUUUCUGUAUUGGCCCAUGAGGCAUGGUCAAAUGUUUAACAAUCCAAACCAAUGGUGUCCUGGUGGUGUGCGGGAACAGGAACUCUUACAGGGUACUGCAAAAUCUUCUGGAACAGGAAGUCAACAGUCCUGGAGGCUCAACCCAGGAGGUAGUGCUAAUGAUGGGUGGGACCUAACUGGGUGGAAUGACAAAACACCGGAGGUAUUUCCUAGCUAUGGAUCCUAA